AUCUGCGAGUGUCAGUGCGAUUCGCGACGCGAUGCCCUUCGCUUCUCGGGUCCGUGCUUAAGGGGUGUUGGGAUCGAGGGUUCACCGGUUCUCUCCCGUUGUGUCGUCGUCGAGAAUAACGGGGAUAUAUAUCGCUGACUCUCUUCUGUGCACGACCAAGUUUCAAAGAAAUCCAAGCCUGUACGUCGAAAAAGCUUUGGGUCGCGGCACAGAUUUCGUAUAUACAAGAGAAAUCGGUCAUAGUUUCUGCUACGGAAAUGUGUGAGUGACAAUUUGUAAAGAAUGCCGGAACUAAUAAGAGAAUUAAAAUCAGUAUUUUAAAAUUGAAUACGAUUCGUGAUGCGGCUAAUUCCGUUAUAAUUAUGCAAAACUGAAAAACUGAGUGAGAACGUGCUAUUCGUGAUUGAAAAUAUUACGCGAGCUCAUGGUGAACAACUCAGAGAGAAGCAAAAGGAUCAUUAAAAUCGCAUAAUGGAUCGCUGGACAGAUACUAAUUGAUAAAAUAUUAGCGGAAUUCAGUGUAAACGUAUAUAUACAUAUAUAACAAGUACGUGAUUAAUUAAUCUACGAGAGCUUCUCGCCAUCGAUUGGACAAAAUUUAACGACGGAAUUUUGUGUCAGUGGAAAAAAGCUUUUUGACCCGGGCAAACCCACUGAAGAAUCUAACGGAAAACGAAUAAAAGUCUACGCGAAGUUCGACAGGGAAUGCGAAAAAGAUCGUCAGGAAGUCGAGAUAUUCAACGGCUGUGACGUAUUGUUGUGCGCGCGUUCCCUGGACGAAGCGAACAAAGCGGAACGGAGUAGCGAGAUAUGCCAGGGAAGAUGAUAUUGAGGCGGAGAACUGAUUGAAACGAGAGAAAAUGACGACUAUCGAGGCUGCUAGUGAAAUGAGUGCGGUACGUCGAGCAGUAUGGUUCAGUGCUGUAUUAUUCGCGGCGACACCCUUGGCCUACACUCAAGUGACGUGGACGCCGAUCUACGUGGGAGGAUACAGUCAAGUUGAUCUCUGGACACAAAGCACCAGCGGCUGCGCCUGCAGCUUCAAUUCGUCCAGCAACGAUUGCGCUUGUUGUGUGCCGUCAGGCGGUUGCAGCUGCGGUGCAGCUUCGCCAGAUAGAUGCGCUCAGUGCGGCCUGGAGCAGCAUUGCGCGAAUAUGUGCAAUAUAACGUUGGACAGCAGGCAGCUGUUCAGCAAAUCGGAUCGUGGCUUCGGGCAAAUAAAGUCGCCGUAUCUUCAAGGGCCCUCGAGGUGUACAUACAGAUUCGUGCCGGAUACUGGACAGCGGGUCGAGCUGCAGAUAUAUCGACUGGUGUCCAUCGGCCGACACAACGGCACUGCGUGCGAGGGUGGCUGGUUACAACUGGAGGGCAGCGCUCGAGUCUGCGGUCGUAAUCAACGCUUCGACCGACCGGUCGUCCUCUUCUCGGACAAGCCGAUCGCGACCUUGCAUAUGCAAAUAAACGAGAACACCACGCGGUCCCAGUUCCUGGCCUACUUCAGCUUCUCGUCCAAAGCGAGCACGUCGGUCGGCUGGCCGGUGAGGGGCGGACAUCCGGUUAACAACACGGAAUGCGACUCGGUGUACGAAGACACGGAUUGCCAUGACGGAUGCGUUCUAGCCAGUCCCGGAUAUCCGGGACUGUAUCCGCCAAACAUCCGUUGUCGGUACCUGAUCACUUCUGGCCCGCGAAUCUCCAUUGCCAUCAACUUUACAGCGGUGCUGCUUCCUUACAAGUAAG